AUGCAAGGCCAUUUGAUUAUGUGCUUGGUUCUCACCUGCUUCUCACACAAAGCUGAGUCGACUGCUUUGAGCGAUUUGAGAGAUAUUACGAUGGAUUGGUUACAAGAUAAAGCGCUUGGUUGGAUUCCGGGUCCUCCAGUCAACAAAAUUGACACUCAUCACCAUUAUGUCCCACCAUUCUAUGCUGAAGGGGACCCCAGUGGCUGGCCCACGCCAUCUUGGACAUCCAUGAGAAGCAAGCUCCUCAUGAAACGUCUCGGUGUCCAGACAGCCAUUCUCUCUGCGACUGCCCCCGGAGCCUGUAUCCUCAAGGGAUCCGAGUCCUUUAAGCUUGCCCGUCAGCUCAACGAAUUCGCCGCCGACCUGCGGGACAAAGAGCCUCAGCAAUUUGGCUUCUUCGCUGCCCUCCCUGAUCUCCUCAACACAGAGGCUGCUCUUGCUGAAAUUGCACACAGUCUGGAUAUAUUACAUGCUGACGGGGUGACCCUUUUCACACGCUAUGGGGAUAACCAUACAUAUCUAGGUCAUUCGUCACUCGAGCCCAUUUGGGCAGAGCUGAACCGCCGCAAAUGUGUUGUCUUCAUUCAUCCAACUCAUCCGGUAGACACAACCAUGUUCAAUCCCAAGCUACCACAGCCUGCAUUAGAUUAUCCGCAUGAGACCACACGAUGUGCGAUGGAUAUGAUCAUAUCUGGUACAAAAGCAAAGUAUGCGGAUUGCAAAGUCAUUCUCUCGCAUGCGGGAGGAGCUUUGCCAUAUUUAAUCACCCGGGUGGCCACUCCAUUGCGCAAGGCACCGAACCUGGUGGCGGAGCAUCGCAUGGGAACCAACUACCAGCAAAUUAUGGAUGAUUUUCGAAGCUUCUACUUCGACCUCGCAUUGUCGAGCUCUCCGCAUGUUUUGGAUAUGGCGUUGAAAAUGAUUCCGCAUGAUCACAUCCUAUAUGGGAGUGAUUUCCCAUACGCUCCCAUUACUGCCUAUCCGGCUUUCUUGGAGGACCUCGAGGGAUAUGACAUGAGCAAGGAGCUGAGAAGCAAGAUCAAUUUCCAGAAUGCGGUUUCGUUGAUUCCUCGGCUGGCACAAAACACUAGCCAGAGAUUGUGA